GACGUCGAAGAAUCAACAACAGCCGGUGGAUUUUCUCUACCCCCCGUUUCGAAGCAAACAGAAGGAAGCCAAGGUGCUUCUGUCGGCCGUGUUCUUGAAAGAAAACUCCGUAUCAUUGCUCAACGUUUUCAAUGCGAAUAUUUGCACUGCGGAGAACCAACUUUCGGCACCCUGAAUAACCGCUGAAUAACGAAAGCCGCAUCUAUACAUAUAUAAGAGUCGGCAUCGUUACGCGGGGGACUUAAUCCUAAAUUGAAAAGUUACGAGCUUCCGAUACUCGGAGUAUUUCAUAAGUUUCCACACCUUCAAUUAUGCGUCCCGAGAACUUCCUACCAGUCGUCUGUAUUUCCUUAUUCGUCACGAGUGGUCGGACAAUCGAGACUACGGAUAAUAAAAAUGAAAACUACGCCACAGGUGAUGCGGAAAACGCCACGCGGUCCGGUGCGGAGAGCGUCACCUUGCAUCUGCACAUAAAGGGUACGGAAAAUUCUUUCAAGGUCGCGUCGGUCCGCAACGCCGGCGAUCUCUGCGCUUUUCUGGACUUCGAUUGCCCCACGGUAAAGUACAUUCACGGUUGGAACGGAAACUGGACGGCUCGCGACGUGGUGGCCGUUACUCGCGAAUACAUCUUACGAGGCGAUCACAACGUGAUCAUAGUGGACUGGGGUGAAGUCGCCGGCCAAUUUUACCCCCUGGCCGCCGCCGGUACGAAAGAAGUCGGUAUCGAGGUAGCCAAGGGUCUGGACGUCCUUGUGAAGUGCGGCCUACGACCGGAGAGCCUGCACAUCGUCGGUCACUCGUUGGGCAGCCACGUUGCCGGACACGUAGCGAAAAAUGCGCAUUCCCGUUUGAAAAGAAUCACAGCUCUGGAUCCGGCCGGACCUUUGUUCAAUAUCAUAUUGGAACCCCUUACCAAAAACGACGCCGAAGAGGUCGUGGCCAUUCACACGGACAUGGGUGUUUACGGGGUGAAACUCAGGACGGGAACUGUCGAUUUUUAUCCGAACGGCGGCCACCGAUUCGCUCCGGGUUGCCCCAAGAUUUAUGUACCUCUUUCCGAAGAAGAUUUCUGCAGUCACUGGAAAUCGUGGGGGUAUUACGCGGAAUCUGUUCGAAACGAGACAGCCUUUUACGCCGUAUCUUGUCAUUCCCACAGCAAAUUCAAGGUCGGUUUGUGCAAAAAAAAUCCCUACACCGUAAUGGGCUUCGCGACACCGUCCGAUGUAACCGGUAAAUUUUACCUCGAUACAAACGCCGAUUUUCCGUACGGAAUGGGCAAAUCUGGAAUGAGGAGAACGUCGUGAUUCGAUACGUCGAAUUCGGUCGAUCGUCGGUCGAAAUUUUCCCUUCGGAGUGGCGAAGUUUUUAUUUUUUUUAUUUUUUUGUUGUUUUUUUCACUCGACAUUGACGAAAGUCGUCUUGAACCAGAUCGCGCGAAACUUGUCUACGACAACGAAGAAGAGAGGGAAGACGGAGAAGCGAACAAAAAAAAAUUUUUUUUUUUCCAGAUCUACGGAUCAACAAAAUCGUGCCUCAACGAGGGACGUGUCAUAAUUAUUUUGCGCGAUGUGUGUUGGUACAGGUGGGUGAUUGUGAAAAACUUCGCUAAGAAGUGCGGGAUAUUUAAAGCGCGAACAACCUGACCAGAUACUAAUAGAAAUUCCGGCGUUGGCGAGGUCUGAAAAAGUUUUUCGUGUGACGCAAAAAAGUUUCGACGAUUGUAAAAAUGCGAUAUUUAACCGUACUGGUCUCAUGGCUGACGAUAUUCGUUGCGCCUCAGCAGGUCCGUUCCGACGCAACGAGAGGCAAGAAUGUUUUCCAAAUUUUUAAAAAUAAAAAAAAAAAAAUGAUUAUA